AGUUAAUUGACUGGUUACUCAUAAAGGAUACGGAGGAAUCCCUGUUUUAGUGGGAUGCAUACACUCCUACAGAGAGUCAAACGCUUAUCGUCCUCCCGAAAUUUAAUGAAAGAUUCGAAUUCAAAGCGAGGGGUUGUUGUGAGUUGUGAUGCUGAGAGAUUAGCAGACCCCUUUCUGCCUACGCCACAAAACCCCACAGCAGAUCUGCCGCCCUCCAUGACAACCGCAUCGCCACCGCCGCCGCCACUCGAAGAACUGCCCAUAACCUCCGCCGCCGGCAGCCCCAAGAGUAAAAGCCACAAACUCACCCUAAUCCCGCUCAUCUUCCUCAUCUACUUCGAGGUCGCUGGAGGGCCUUUCGGGGAGGAACCGGCGGUCCAAGCCGCCGGCCCACUGUUCGCCAUCCUCGGCUUCCUUGUGUUCCCGUUCAUCUGGAGCAUCCCGGAGGCGCUUAUCACCGCCGAGCUCUCCACAGCGUUCCCCGGAAACGGCGGAUUUGUGAUCUGGGCGGACCGCGCUUUCGGGCCAUUCUUCGGGUCGUUUAUGGGAACGCUGAAGUUCCUCAGCGGCGUCAUAAACAUCGCCUCCUUUCCACCUCUGUGCAUCGAUUACCUGAAACGAAUUUUUCCGAUCUUCUCCUCCGGCUUACCCAGAUACCUGGCGAUCCUGGGAUCGACUGUCGUCCUCUCGUUUCUCAAUUACACCGGCUUGACAAUCGUUGGCUGGACAGCCGUCGUCCUAGGCAUCGUCUCACUCAUGCCCUUCAUUCUGUUGUCGCUCAUUGCCAUUCCCAAAAUCCACCCUCACAGGUGGGGAAGUUUAGGCCAGAAAGGAGUGAAGAAAGAUUGGAACUUGUUCUUUAAUACUCUGUUUUGGAAUCUGAAUUUCUGGGAUAACGUCAGCACAAUGGCGGGUGAAGUCGAGAAACCUCAAAAGACUUUCCCAAUAGCACUGUUUUCUUCAGUGAUCUUCACGUGUUUGGGAUACAUCAUCCCGCUGUUCGCUGCCACGGGAGCGGUGUCAGUUGACCAGAGCGAGUGGGAGUCUGGAUUCAUGGCGGUGGCAGCGGAGAUGAUUGCUGGGAAGUGGCUGAAGUUCUGGGUAGAGAUCGGGGCAGUGCUUUCGGCAAUCGGGCUGUUUGAAGCUCAAAUGAGCAGCUGCGCAUUCCAACUUCUAGGUCAGGCGGAGCUCGCCUUUAUCCCUAAAGUCUUCGCGAAAAGAUCGAAAUGGUUCAACACACCAUGGGUAGGAAUCUUGCUGGCAGCGGUGUUCGCGCUUGCUGUUUCGAACAUGGAUUUCACAGACAUAAUUUCAGCAGCAAAUUUUUUGUACAGUCUUGGAAUGCUACUGGAAUUUGCAUCCUUCAUAUGGCUGAGGAGAAAAUUACCUUUGAUGAAAAGACCGUACAAAGUGCCAUUGAAUCUACCUGGUUUGGUGGUGAUUUGCUUGAUCCCGUCUGUGUUCUUGAUUUACAUUAUGGUCAUAGCAACCAAGAUUGUGUUUCUGGUGAGUGGGUUGAUGACAGUUGGGGGUAUUGCCUGGUAUUAUAUCAUGAGAUAUUGCAAGGCCAAGAAUUGGUUGAAAUUCAGCCGUGUUGAUGUUUCUGAUGAAACAUAGAUAAAUUAUUAGGAAAAUAAAAAGGUUGUACAGCCCAUCUGAAGUUCUUUUUCAUUUUAGUUUUCUCCCUUGUAUUCUAAGUCAUCAAAUAAUGGAUGGUGAAUUCAUUCUUAUUAUGAUUCUUUUGGGGGAAAAGAACUAUAAUGUUCUGUUCAGUUUAAAAAAACUAUUCCCCUUCAAAUGUUUGGAUAAUAAUCAUAAUAUUGUGUAAGAAGUUUGUUUCUAGUUUCUUGUUUAUACAUUGAUAAAGUUGGGUCUUGGGUGCAAUAAAUCGAUGUAUAAAAACCAUG